AUGGCGAGUGUUUCCGCGUUCAAGACCGGUCUCUAUGUGUUGGCUCUGCUGGUAUGUGGGUCGCUAAACACCCUCACCAUGAAGAUCGCCUUUACGAUGUCCGGCACGGUGGAUGGGCAGACCCAACGCUUUGAAAAGCCAUGGUUUAUUACCUUCGUGAUGUUUAUGGCCAUGUGCCUGGCUUUGCCCUGCGAUUCAAGCAUGUGGAAGUGCCGAUCCGCGAUGGCCAGUGAGCCGUUGUUGAGUCCUGCAGUGCUGAUGUCUCGUGAUGCCGUGCAGAUGACCUGGAGACAAAAGGUGGUCCGGGUCCUCGCCCCGGCGUCCUUCGACAUCGGCGCCACGGGCCUUUGCUGUGUGGGUUUUUUGUACAUCCCUGCGAGCGUUUGGCAAUUGCUCCGUGGAGCAGAAAUUGUCUUUGCUGCCAUCUUCUCCGUGUUUUGCCUGGGGCGCCGGCUCUAUUGUUUCAAUUGGAUUGCCCUACUGCUUUGCGUUCUUGGCAUCGUCUCUGUGGGUUUGGCCAGCGUGUGGGGCGACGAAGCGCAGGCUUCAGCGAAAGGUGCCGAAUCUGCGGUGUCGCUCCAAAUUCUGGGCAUCGGUCUGGCUUUGGCAGGUCAGGUGGUGCAAGCGGCGCAGGUCAUCGCUGAAGAGUGGCUCUUGAAGGACGUGGAUCUACCUGGCCUGCAGGUGGUGGGCUUCGAAGGAAUUUGGGGUGCCCUUUUGAUGUUGAUGUUUGUGCUGCCAGCGGUGCAGAUGCUCCCGGGGAGUGACCACGGCCAUGUGGAAGAUGAACUGGACAUCAUUCCAUUGUUGAGGAGCAACUCGAUGCUCUUCUCAUUGAUUCUUUUGUAUACCUUCUCUUGCGCCACCUACAACAUCUCCGGCAUCGCGGUGACGGGGGCCUUGUCAGCAGUGCAUCGAGUGAUGCUGGAGGCUCUACGAACCCUGAUCGUUUGGGCCUUUGGUUUGUGGGUUCACUACUGCGUUGAUCGCACUUCAUUGAUGGGAGAGGUUUGGACGAAGUGGAGCUACCUGGAGGUGGCUGGUUUUGUGUUGCUGGUGCUGGGUCAGAUGAUCUACGGCGAGAUGCUGAAGAUUCCUGGGCUCUACUACCCACCAAAGGAUGAGGUGGAAUCCGUGAUGGCCUCUCCGGGCGCCCUGCGGAAUUUGUCCUCCCCGCCGCUCGACCUUGGAUGGGGGUAUUGGGGCGGCGACCAAGCCGAUGGCGCGAUGCUGUUUCCCAUCGACUUUCAUCGUGCUGAUCCCAACACCGCGGCAGACAGUGGCGCCUUCGGUGUGGGCUUCACGCAGGUGGGCGCCUAUCCAUUGCAUUUGGCGGCCAAGCGGGGCCGACGUCGGGUCAUGGAGGUCUUACUCCGAGCAGGUGCUGCAGUGGAUGCUGCAGACCAAAACGGUCGCACUGCGCUGAUGGUUGCCGCAGCGAGCGGUCAGUGUGGUGCUUCUGCAUGGCUGCUUGAACAUCGAGCAGAUGUGGAUUGGAGGACGCACUAUGGAUACACAGCUCUCCACCAUGCCGCCCUUGUGCCGCGGCCUGAGGUUGUGGAGAUUCUGUUGGAAGGAAGAGCUAGCACUGAAGUGAUGGAUCGAGAGGGGCGAACGGCCUUGCAUGCCACGUUGUCCACGUUACCGUCAGGGCCAAGCAGCAGCCGCCGCGACAAAACAGCCUCCACCAGCUGCGAUCCAGCAGGCAUUGGCGACGAAUAUUGCUAUGAUCAUGACAUUUCCCACGGCUACCGGCGCAUGGAGCAGGAGGAGUUUCAACUCCGAGCCGUAAAGAUGGCGGUCAUGGCAUUGCUUCGCCGCUUCGCCGAAGAGGGGAUUUUCCACGUGGGAAAACGACAACGGAGCCCGUUUUGGGUGAAGUGA